CUUUUGGGCACCAGGCGAGUAUCCCUGAGUAUUUUUUAUCAAUUUACUUAAAUGACCAAGUUGUAUACUUGUAGACUCCAAUUAUGACAGUGCUACGUUAUUGUGUUAACAUUAGAAUCUUUUCAUCUCUUCCAGGAAUUGCACGCAAGCCACAUUCCUCAUCAUAUGACUGCCCAUCACCGAAUUCAGAAGAGUUGAAUGAGGAUGAAAACGAUUCUGAAAAUGUUCAAGAGGGCCCAACUGCUCCAAACAUUGAGCCUAACAUUUCUGAGACACAUGGCCCAGAUUAUGACUCUGAUGGGACCCCGAGUGAGAACAUUGAAGCUGACAUGAGUGAAGCAGAAUACUUUGAUAACGACUCUGAGAGCCCAACUCAGAAUAUAAUAGACGAGCUUAGUCAAGCAGACCAGAAAGGAUACGAAGCACAGAAGCAUGGUUUUGUGGCUCAGGGAGGUCUGUCUCAAACAACAGUUCAAGAUGGUAGUCAAAUAGGUAAGUCUGGGAGGAAUACCUCUAUCCAAGUAGAUAUUGUGAGCAUAGAGGAAUGGCGUAAACAGUGUGAAAUAUGUAACAAAUAUGGUGAAGAUGCCUUUAAUUACCUUGAUUUCUGUGAGACUUGUGGGUCACCAAUUCAUACUGGUGAGAAGUCAUGUUCAGUACCUUUUGGUACCUCUGAUGAUGAUAUGUGGGUCUGUCUUAAGUGCAGCAAAACACCAGAAACAACUUGGUCUUACUCAACAACUUUAAUCAAUUCUUUUGAAAACGAGCUCCUCUGCAUUUACAUUUGGAAAAAAAUAGUCCUUUUCAGGACUGAUUUGGAGGAAUGCUCAUUCAGGAUCACAACCAGGAGACAAAAUUUCUGCAUCAGGUAUUUUUAUCCUCCUUUCUCUAACAACAUUGAAAUAAUUGUAAUAGACUCUGACUCUGACUAUGAGGCUGAGUGUCCUAUUAAAGAAGAAUUUGAAAAUUCUAACGUCUCAAAUGCAGAGUUAAACCAAGUAUUUGAUGUCCUCUCUUCUAGCGGAUUGAUUCAAGGAAAUUUACCUGGAAAUUGUGAGAAAGUUGCCAAGAAACCCGCUUACAAGAAAAAUUGGAAGUGCUUUACUUGUGGGAACCGAGAUUUGGAAUUGAGAUCUAUCAAAACACCGGGGAAAAACUUUCAACGAAAGUACUACGGCUGUUUUUCAAAUAACCAGUGUACUUCUGAAAAGCCAUUUUGUUUCUGGGCUCCCAAAAAAGAUGAUUCGUCUGAAACACUUGUCCUUCCAAAGGAUAGAGGUAAUGUGACAUUGCGCAGCAGGAAAAGAGCAGGUGCCCCCUUCAGGUCAAAUAGUGAGCCUGUAUCUAUCGGCGACUCAGCACCUCAGGGAGACAAAAGGCCAAAGCGACAGACAAAGUUACCCGUCUACCUUAGGAAAUCAUAUGAGUUUAAUACACCUAGAACUUCGCUUGAUUCUCCUUAGUAUGUUUGUUUUGCUAUGUUUUAUUCGUUUUAUGCAUGACAAAUUGUUUCUUAAAGAAGUAUUGUUUUUAUUUUCCUUGUAUUUUACUCAAAGAGUUGAUGUAAGGCAUUUUAUUGGG